AUGGGAAUCAAACAGGAGCACUUUGACGGAAGAAUACCGAGUGAAUUUAUCUGCUCUCAUUGUCACGAUGUUUUUCUUCAACCCGCUGUUUUGUCUUGUCUGCACAUGCUGUGUAUAAAGUGCUACAAGAAAAGAAUGAGACGAAGAUCGCCCGUUUGUCCUGUGUGCAGAAAAGAUUUACAUCUCCACAUCGAGGGCAAGAUUGACACUGAAUGGAAAAAACGUUAUGAUAACUUGAAAAUCAAUUGUCCAAAGGGCUGCGAAACUGUGCUGUUGCUUGGAGGUCUUGAUGAUCAUUUCACUAAUCACUGCCUAUUAUCCUUUACACUUUGCAUCAAUAUUGGUUGCAGAAAGAAAGUUCGGCGAAGAGAUCUCUCUUUACACCUCGAACAGUGCGACUUUAGAUUUGUCCAAUGUGAAGGAUGCGGAUUUAGAACAAAGUAUAUUAAUCUACGAAUGCAUCAAAUCGUUCAAAAAUGCAUGAUAAGAAAUAACCUGCAUAUGAUAAUGCAAAACAGACGCGAAAUGAACACGCGUGUAAAAGAACAUCGUUUGAAAUUGCAGGAAGAAAGCCUCAAAAUAGAGCUCGACGAACGUGACUUGGAUCGAACGAGAAUUUGGAAUGCCAUCUCUAGAAAUGAAUUUUCAAGAGCAACGACCCGAAGUCCCGCUAGAGAAAAACGUUCUCCUGAACUCACAGAUAAGGAUAAUGUUUCAUACAGCAGAGUGGUUCAUAGUGCCCCAGUGAGGAGCACCACUACAAUGCUAUGUGACAAUUGCAAUAAACUUUUUAGUGAGCAUCGCAACCAUGGUGACGCUUGCAGGUGGCACAAAGGGGUAGGUCGAAGCCUAAAGACACCUAAGGUCCUGUAUAUAUGGGGAAAAGUAAUCCAGGGUAGGUUAGGGUAGAAGGGUCACCUGCCUAUCCAUGCUACCCUGCAGGGUAAUCCAACUUUUCGUACAGCAUGACUUAGACUCAUCUCAUUUCCCUUCCACGUAAACAUAAAAAAGAAAACUAUAACGACAUAAUUCUCAUGGCUCUUUGUUGGUUGCAAUAACAGGGUUUCCUUAUUUUAUGUAAAUGUCACCUGCUUUGGUCCAGGAACCAGCGAGGCACAAAAAGUGCAAUUAAUAUGCUUGUCUGUCUCUCUCUCUCGCUCCAGUAAAAACUGACAGCUGCCAACAUUAUUCUACCUCAUGAUAGGGGUGGAAUUUUGUCUCCUAGGAUACACAGGUUUGGAGCCCUUGUUCCCUCUUCAGAAUUGCUGCCUUUCCUUCUUUCUGAAAGAAUGCACUUACAUCUUUCACUCUUAACUACUCUUCAAGUUGUAUGCAAUUAACAAGUGGCCAAUCUUUUUUAUUUACCAGUAACGCCUACCCUUCGAAGCCAAAGAUCGAGGGCGUGGAUCAAUAUUGUUAGCAAUAAUAAUAAUUUUUUGGCACCGGUAAUUCUUGGAGAUGUUAUUUCUGUACCACUACGACCUACAGUUGUAUAACUGUAGCAGCAACAGCAGAAAAGUAUUAUUUAUUUUUACACAGUGAAGUACAAUAUCCAAGUAACUGUUAUUUUCUCAUUGUUGUGAAAACAUUUUGGUAACAAUGCAAUUCAUGUUAUUCAUAUAUUUAUUAAGAGGUUUUUCAUUUCCCAACCCAAAUAACAUGCAAUGGGCAUUUUUCAAUACAGUCCAGCUGCAAGACAGACUUCUUGUUUACUUAGAGAAAAAUAGUUUACCCUUCUUCCCAACAUAUUGCAUGUUCAUGUCCUUCCUAAAGGUUUGUAAUAAUUUAUUGUACAUUUGAUAUUUACUGUCUUCUGCUAGGUAUGUCUUACCCUAACUGUUUUGCUUUUUCUUUCAUACCUGAACGUGUUUGGGCUCACUCAUUUUUACAGCCAGUAAGUUUUGCAAUAUAUUUUUACCUUGCUUGUGAUUACUAACAAUCCAGGGAGUGGGGGGGAAUCCAAACCCUCCACCUCCCAUACCUUUCAUUCCCCGCUUCUGGCCCCUUUUCAAUUAAGCAUUGUUGCAUACUCUCUUCGUAUUUGUCCCAUUUCUCAACCUUUUAGAACUCUCACCUCCCUCCUUUUCUUUUCCCACCUCACAUACCCCCCCUCCUAUUCUCCCAGGCGUCUGCCCCCCUGUCUUCUUCCACAGAUAAAGUAAAUGAGUUGAAAUAAAUGUGAUAUUAAUGAAAAGAAAAAUACCAGUAAUAUGCUUUUCAAAGACAGUUCUUGUUUAAGAGGAAGAGAAACUCAUAUAGUGCUCGUGUGACCAGAUGCACAGUGACAAAAUUUUAGAAUGAAAAUCCUUUUCGUUACACAGUAACUGUUAAUCAUUUUGCAUUGUACAUUGUAUAAUUUUGAUCACAAUGGUCCCUCAAUAAAUGACAGGUUCAUAUUUUGUGCCAUAAUUAAAGUCCAAAUUAUAAAAAUGAGUAGUCAAGGCUGUGCUCUAGCAACCCCUGGUGGCCCCUGAUGACUAAGGACUAGAAAAUCUUAGUAGUUUUAUAGAAAUCCUUUGUUGAGCACCCUGGAUUUUACGGGUUUAGAGCACUGGGCUCCUUAACAUCUUUCUCAGAACACAGCCUUGAUAGUAUGAGCUAUAAAGUAACUACAAUAUGUAACCCCUGCAAACUGUUUUACCUACAUAGCAGUGAUGUUAUGUGAUCUGUUUUUUUUUCUAUCUGUCUCACCUAUGGUAUGGAACCUGCAGAUAGUGGAUGUGGUAAGUAAUGUCUAUGUAUAUACUCAUAAAAUUACUGGUUAUCAUAAUUUAGAUUUUUACGAUUCAUUUGUUAGGGUUCAAACUUCAUCAUUAAGUACACUGUAAGUUGCAAAAAAGUCCAAAAAUUGAUGUACAUGUACCUUUGUGCACCAGAAACAAUACAGAAGGUCAUUACACAUGAUAGAUGCAACUUUAAGUAUGUGUGACCAGUCAUAAAUACAGUAUCGAUAUUUUGCCAGUUUUCAACAUGGUAUUUUAGUAUUUCCCAAUUUUUGUUAUGGUAUUUUUGUAUUGGGUCUAAUGUCCUCCUUACAUAUUACAAGAUAAUCUUAAUUUCAUUAAUACUGUGUGAACCAAAAACCAUGAUCACUUUAAACAAUCACAUAUAAAGUUCACGACAUACGGUAAACCACAAGCGAGACCACAAACUAUUCACUGCUGUUGUUGGUGAUUUAGUUUUUUUUAUGCCUGAUUUUGAAACACAAUAACAUUCCAUAAGUAUUGCUGCUACUCACAGUUUCUGAAUUUCAGGUUGAUAUAAGAGCAAUUGAUGAAAAACUGACCUUAUUAAUUUAUUUUUGUUUUACUGUUUUUCUUUUUUAUGUGAUAAUCAUUGUGGAUUAUCUUCAGUUUGUAAGUAAUUUGCUCUUAAACUAAAUUUAUUUUAGUUAAAACAUAAAAAUAAUAUUACUGUUUUAACACUUAAUCUACAAUUGGUCUCAUUACAUGACUGUACAAUAUACUUUUUGUUAAUUUUAUGGCAUUUGGUAUUAAGAACUAAUGUCGCUAACGAUUGAGCAAAAUUGGAAAUGGUCGAACAAAUCCUUCCCUCAUACUUUGUGUGUAGUUAGUACUUCAGAUGAAACUACUCAAUGUAGAAUUUGUUUGACUUUUCUAACAAAAAAACCUGCACUUGGCAUCAGGGGGAGAAGUUUGUGGUUUUUGGUUAAUUUAUGCAAAUUACUGCCCCAAUUUAGCUUGGCAGGAAAAUCUAAUACAACAUUUUCCAGCAAAAUGAAUCGCUUCAAAGGGAUAAUAAUAUUAAAAGAUAACUGAAACAUUACAUACCAUUAACAAAGCAAAUACUAGAAACAUUUGAGAGCCAAAGUGAAAUCACACAAAAGUCACCAUGUAUUAAUAAUAAUACAAAACUUUCCAAGUGAGGCACAAAGUGCCUAGAAGAAAAAGAGACAAGGAAUGAAACUAAACACCUUGUGACUCAUUCAAAUUGUGAAACAUAGCUUACUGGUCAUGCAAACAGAAGCCAGGGUUGCUGUCAUGCCGAUUUUGCAGAGAAUCGUCACGUUUAUGGACAAAACAACUAAGUUAAUUAGGUCCAUAUAUUUUGAAGAAAACUAAACUAGAAAGUGCAAUCUUUUUCUAGCUGCAAUAAAAAGCUUAAUGCUUUGAAGGCACACAAAGAAAAUCAGUGCUAUACUGCAGCAUGCAGAGAUGGAAUUCUGUUAGCAACACCUGCAGGAUCCUACAGAAAUAUACACCACAGGAAAUAAUCAAUAUGCAUAAACAGAGCAGUUUCAUGAAAUUUUUGCGUCGCUUGCCUUCACAAAUAACUCCUCUGCCCCCGUGCAAACAUUUGUAAGGACGCCUUGCUCCUACAGAACAAGGCGAAAUUGAAUUACCGCUGUUGAUCAGCCUAAUGGAGUUGACAAAACUCAAGUCUGAGUCAGAUUUUUUAGAUAACACUUUUUGGCAGCACUUUCGUAUUUUGUGUUAUGCAAGGUGGGGGACAAAGUCACUAAAGUGGCACAUAUUUACAUUUUUUUGUGGGAUUAAUUAUUUGAUGCAGGGGGCAGUCACACAAAACAGUUUUCACUCUACAUCGUUUCAUGCUUGGUAUCUUCUGUGAGCUGGUCCUUUAAGGGGAAGCAGGUUUUGCCAAAUCCCCACACAAGAGAUUGUGGCACAUAAACAAAUUAAAAUUCUUCACUUGCAAAGCAGAUAUUUUUUGUGACCACUGCACCAAAGUCGUUUAUCAAGUAAGGGCCUGUUUACAUGGAGGUGGGGGACCCCAUAUAGGUGAGGUAACCUGCUUAGGUGGGGUAACCCGCCUGUCCAUACAAUCUCUCAUAUUAAUUUGAUUGCAUUUACAUAAUAGGUGGGUUGACUGUAUGAGGCAUUUUAUGGACAGGCGGGUCACCCAACAAAGUUUUAUAAAGGGAGGCUCCACCCUUAACCUUUUACAUACCAUUUUUGAUAGAAAAGUACCCCUUCUUUAUAUCUUUGUACUGGCAAAUGGUACCCCUUUGACAUGCCUAGUUUAGAACUUUGCUUUGCUCUUUACUGCUGUAAAUGCACUGUCUUUAAAAUAUGAAUAUAUAAUAAUAAUAUGAAAUAUUUACAUCCUGUUUCAAUUUUGAUUGAAAUUGGAUUGCAAGUAAGAAAAAAAUGUGUUCAAAAAUGUCUAUUUUUUGCCUUGUCAAAAAAACUCCAAUUUUCAAGGAGAAUAAUAACCCCCCCAAAAUGCAAUUUUUGGCCCAAACGUCCCCCCCCCUGAUGCCCAGUGCAGAUUUUUGUUAGAAGUCAAACAAAUGCCACAUUGAGUAGUUUCAUCUGAAGUACUAACUACAUACAAAGUAUGAGGGAAGGUUCUGUUUGACCAUUUCUAAUUUCCAAUUUUUUCCCUCCCCCUCCCCUGAAAAUGUUUAAUGACCACAUGUUGCAUUAGUAAGUAGUAAGAGAAAAAUAGCAGGGUAACUAUUUAAACUGCAAUAUUAUAAUUUUAAAAGUCACAGGGCAGAGAGACUGUGAAAGGUUAAAGUCCCAGGGACAGUACUGUCACUUUUAAACCCCCAAAUUUUGCCCUCUGCACAUUCCCAAACUUCAGAACAUUACAAAUACAGCCAGUGUAGUGCACAAUUUGUAGACAACACUUUGGACAGUUUUUGUUCUUUCUGGCUGGUGGUAGACAAAAUACUGACCCCCAGUCCGUGGACUACCUUUUAGAUAAUUGUACUGGUAGUUUCUUCAUGUUCUUACCAGGUAGUCUAUAUGGUUCAGUCCAUUGGGGUAGCCCGUGAACCGGGGGUUAGUGUUUAGUCCACCACCUUUUUGGCCAGAUAGUUAGCAGGCUAAACUAGCUUUAAAUCAAAUUUCUUGACAAAAUUUUCAGCAGCAAAUGGGUUGAUUAAAAUGUCUCUUUCACCUUCUACAUGUAACACAACUCACAAACUCUAGCUUAAUACAGAUGUAAUUACCUCUUUUAUAAACUUAAGAAUAAAAUAGUAACCAGCUAUUAUUAGCAAUAGUUUCCUAGGUUAAAGGGCAUCACUUUUAACUAACUUUGCUUUCCUCUUUUUUUUUCUUUUUCUUUCUUUUCUUCCUUGGCUUGGAUAUUCAGGGGGUAAGUACAUUUCCAAAGAAAACCUCUCAUGUACAUACAGAGUACAUGUGACCCUUCAUGUUGGGGAAAGAAUGAAUGUGACAGAAAUUGUGAACUUCUCAUACUUUGCAUAACAGAACCCUUGUAAAAGUUUAUUCCUCAAAUAUCACAAUAUUAUUACAAACUGUGUCAUCAUUGCUGAUGUGAGUUUACUUAAUUAGAAUCUCACUCAUGGCACUGAGGUUUUUGUAUCUUGUGCCAUGAUCUAUAUCAUCAUUGCAUUUCUAUCACAGGCACAAAUUUUUUUCUAAAUCAAUCGCGAUUGCAGAUAAAUUUUUAAAAUGGAGCUCAUGCACAACUAUUAAGAGCUAUAAAUAAUAAAUAUUAUUAUAAAAAUUAUUUAAGCAUCACUGUCACAUCAUAGCUUUUACUGUUAUGGUAGUGGUGCGUUGUCUUCUAAAAGAGGCUUUAGAGCUCAAGUUCCUUAAAAUAUUCUCAAAGGUAGUUUUAAGGCCUAUAUUUUUAGUAUUUCUUUUGUUUCAGACGGCUCCAUUGUUUUGGCAAAUAAGUUAUGAUUAUUAAUAAUGAAAUUCAAGUAGAUGACUUUCCUUAAAAUUUCAUACGAUGUAAGAAAUGCUAAGGAUCAUUUGUUUGUAAGAAGUUAGGACUAUGAGAGGACACUUUUAGUAGCACAAACAGUUUACAGUUUAUAAAGUUUUUAUUGUUAUUAAUAUUAUUAUUAUUAUUAUUAUUAUUAUUAUUAUUAUUAUAGCUAACACUUUACUCUUUAUUUUUUCUAUGUAAUAUUAAUUGUGGAUUCCUGAUGAAACAGGGGGUAAGUUUUGUUUUGAAAACUUGCUGAAAACUUACUCAAAAGUUUUUAAGAGCAAAUAACAUCGACAACGUUGGCAUUAGCCCUCUUCCCAUGUUCCGUGAAAGCUUUGUCAGAGGCUAUUGUUCUUUCCACCACUGGUUUCGUUUGCAACAGCUUUUACUUUACUUUGUUGCCUCCCCUCUUACUGUACAUCGCAGUCUCCUUCAUUCAAUUGACUCUAAAAAAAAAUGUUUUUAAAACGUUUUUUGGUAAAUUCUCUUUUAAAUGGAAUUAAUGUUGUUAUCGCUAUUUUUUUCAAAUAAUUAUUGUACAGAAGGUGACAAAAUUGAGGUUGUUAAGGAGUCUUUGAGAUGGGUCAUUGUCGCUUUCUGUGUUGCCCCCCCCCCCCGGGUGGUGAAUAGGCCCCCCAGAAAGUAAAAUAGCAAAUCCCCUGAGGGAGGCAUGGUGACAGGUGAAAUUGAAUCAUGCGUUAUUGAACACUACUCUGUUCUCAGCAACAUUCCAGUCACAUCUUACACUAUGCUUUACGCUACAAAAUAUAUGUAGUCAAAAUUUAGCUGCUCAAUAAGUUGUUAAGAUGUACUAGUUUUGUCAUGUCAAAUUCCUGACCAUGGUUUUCUUUCUUUUUUCAUAAUUCAACCCUUUUUCAUACAACAAAGAUGGUAAGUGUCGAGUUGUAUCAAUAACAAAUUGAAAUGAAGAAAUGAUCGUCGCAGUGAACGCAAUUUAUGCAAUUGCGUAAUGAAGCCUGAAAAAAAUUCAGAACUUCACCGAGGUUUGAACCCGUGACCUCGCGAUACCAGUGCGAUGCUCUACCAACUGAGCUAUUUUGCCACUGACGUUGGGAGCAGGUCAAUUGUGGGUUCUUUAGUUCCCGUGAAAGAAAUGAGUGUUAGUGAAGAAAUGAUCGUCGCCGUGAACGCAAUUUAUGCAAUUGCGUUUUUUUUUUCAGGUUUCUUUACGAAAUUACAUAAAUUGCGUUCACUGCGACAAUCAUUUCUUCAUUUUCAUUUCAUUUCCGCAGUUCGUAUAUGAUUUAUUUCACAUAUCAUUAACAAUAACAAAUUAGUUGGUCUGGUUCUCAUAAAUAAAUACCUCUCUCAUCUGUAGAGGGUUAGCCUGCGAACAGCAGACGUAUUUCCGGUCGUCGCGGAGAGAAGCGACGACCGUAAAUGCGUCUGCUGUUCGCAGACUUGCGGAGGGUGCGUGUCGGGUAAUAGGUAUGAGGCGUUAUUAUAAUAAAAUUGCUAUCUGUGUUUUUUACUUGUCUCUCCGUUGCUAUGUCCUUUUUCUAAAUAUUUUCUUUUCUUUCCGGUAACUAAUUGCUAAAGCACUAACCAUUGGGUCUGUCAUUCAAAUGCUUUAUUGCAGUGCCAAGCUUGUGGAAAACUUGACAACUUGGAUGGAUGCAUGAGAGGCUGGCAUGUCUCGGCUGACCAAUCACAAAGAAAAAGUUCAAGACUGUUUAAAUAUUCAAGUAAUACAUUUCUCACAUAA